UCGAGUGUGGGGGCCGCGAAUAGGCUGCCAAGACCCUGAGGCCACUCAGACCAGUCCUCCGCCGGUUUAUGAUCCAAUGCUCGGGGGUGCAUAUGGAGAUAACCUACGCCUCUUCCAGCUCCUGCAACCUCGCCGCCUCUGCCGGGGAUGCCAUGCCGGCUGUGCCGGGCACGACGGGACGUCCGGUGAAGGUUAUUCCCUUCCAACACCCUGCCGAAACUACUACGCCGUCUUCGUCUUCCUUGUCGUCAAGAUGGCGGAGCAAGCUGAAGGGGAUGACGUUGACUGACUGGAUCGAACUCUUGUUCCCUUGCUACCGUUGGAUUCGAUCCUACAAGUGGCGCGAGUACCUCCAGGUCGAUCUCAUGGCUGGUAUCACAGUCGGCGUCAUGCUCGUCCCUCAGUCAAUGUCUUAUGCAAAGUUAGCUGGGCUGCAUCCAAUUUAUGGACUCUAUACCGGUUUUGUUCCUGUGUUUGUCUAUGCCAUCUUUGGGUCAUCCCGCCAACUUGCAAUUGGUCCAGUAGCAUUAGUUUCCCUUCUGGUCUCUAAUGUGUUAAGCAACAUAGUUGAUUCAUCUGAUGAGUUGUAUACCGAACUUGCAAUACUUCUGGCGCUUAUGGUUGGGAUUUUAGAAUGCAUAAUGGGACUCUUGAGGCUUGGAUGGCUUAUUCGUUUCAUCAGCCACUCUGUGAUAUCUGGCUUUACAACUGCUUCGGCCAUUGUGAUUGCCUUGUCUCAAGCUAAAUAUUUCUUGGGAUAUGAUGUAGUUCGAAGUAGCAAAAUUAUUCCAUUGAUUAAGAGCAUAAUAUAUGGAGCAGACAAGUUCUCAUGGCCUCCUUUUGUAAUGGGAUCUAUCAUGCUAGCUAUUCUUCUGGUCAUGAAGCACUUGGGAAAAUCAAGGAAGUACUUGCGGGUUCUGCGAGCAGCUGGACCACUUACAGCAGUUGUCCUGGGCACAACCUUUGUAAAAAUAUUUCAUCCAUCUUCAAUUUCUUUGGUUGGAGAAAUACCUGAAGGCCUUCCAAAAUUUUCUGUUCCAAAAGAGUUUGGAUAUAUGGAGUCCUUGAUCCCAACUGCAAUUCUUAUCACCUGUGUGGCAAUAUUGGAAUCAGUGGGCAUUGCGAAAGCAUUGGCAGCAAAGAAUGGGUAUGAGUUGGACUCAAAUCAAGAGUUGUUUGGUCUUGGUGUGGCCAAUAUUUGUGGUUCAUUCUUUUCUGCAUACCCCUCAACAGGCUCCUUUUCUAGGUCAGCCGUCAAUCAUGAGAGUGGAGCAAAAACUGGAUUAUCUGGAUUUGUGAUGGGCAUUAUAGUGGGUUGUGCUCUUUUAUUCAUGACUCCUUUAUUUAAAUACAUACCCCAGUGUGCUUUGGCUGCCAUUGUGAUCUCUGCUGUAAUUGGGUUGGUGGACUAUGAUGAGGCCAUCUUUUUAUGGCGUGUAGAUAAGAAAGAUUUUCUUCUUUGGAGCAUUACUAGUGCAACCACACUGUUUUUCGGUAUAGAGAUUGGUGUCAUUAUAGGGGUUGGUGUCUCACUUGCUUUUGUUAUUCAUGAAUCGGCAAAUCCACAUGUUGCUGUACUGGGGCGCCUUCCAGGCACUACCAUUUAUAGGAAUAUUCAACAGUAUACAGAAGCAUAUACAUACAAUGGGAUUGUGAUUGUUCGAAUUGAUGCCCCCAUAUAUUUUGCCAACAUAAGCUACAUAAAAGAUAGGUUACGGGAAUUUGAAUUUGAGGUUGAUGGACCCGCAAAACGUGGACCAGAAGUUGAACGAGUAUAUUUCGUAAUUAUAGAGAUGGCACCCGUAACAUAUAUUGACUCGAGUGGUGUUCAAACUUUAAAAGACUUGCAACAAGAAUACAGGUCAAGGGACAUCCAGCUAGCUUAUUCCUCUGGCUGUCGCCGCCUGCAUUGCAUUGUGCAGAUAGCUAUUGCGAACCCAAAUCGAGAAGUUCUGUUGACCCUGGCAAGAUCUGGGGUCAUUGAUCUGAUUGGUAAAGAGUGGUACUUCGUGAGAGUGCACGAUGCUGUUCAGGUCUGCCUUCAGCAUGUGCAGAGCUUAAAGGAUGAGAUGCCCAAGACAGCAGAUAGAUCCCCCGGUUUAUUCCAGAGAUUGUUAAAGCAGAGAGCGGAGGAAUUCUCAGCUGCGGGGGGCUUGGAGUCUGGAGAUUCCCAAUCACCGAUCUUAAAAAAUGACGUCGUGGAUCCUCAGUUGGAGCCAUUGUUAUCUCGGAGGAGGAGUUGAAUAAUUCUUUCUGUUCGUCCAAAUUUUUUCCUUCCCCCCCCCCCCCCCCCCCCCCCAGCAUUUGGGGGUUCUCCCUCCUUCCUUCCAACCCGGUGUUGUAUGUAAAGCUUUGCAUUUAAUGGCUGGCUGGCUGGCUGGCUGGCUUCUAAUGGUUGUUCCCACCCCCAAUCAUAGUUUCUAUAUUACAUUAUAUAUAUUGGUUCUUUGCUUUCCAGUAUAUAUUAUGAAUUGCAAACGAAAGAUCAUUUACGUAAUUUUUGUUAAGACUGCGGCAACUUCUUCCUGGUUCGAAAAUUGGCAUUAAUGCCAAUGAAUGAUUGACGAUACCAAUGAAAGUGAAUCUUGCCAGUUGAUG